GUCAUCAAUAUCAUUUCCUCAUAGCGACCAAACAAUUUUCAUUGACAUCGACAAUGACAGUAGUGUACUUUUCAAAGACACUUUAAUAAAACGUAUACAUGAUCUGAAUCAUUCCGUUAUUUUGGUAAAUAACGUGCCAGAUUUUAUUUGCGAAGGAAAAAUAAUGAUACUGAAAGAAAACCCUAAUAUUGUCUUUACUAUAAAAUAUCUAAAUACCAAUGUUCUUGAUAGUCCAGUACUGGAGUCUGUGCUUAAAUCACAUUGGUCAUCAUUGUUUAUUAUAGUUACCACUGAAGAUAGCGUGUAUAAUUGUGAUGGCGGAAAAUUAAAUGAAGAGGCUUUCAAUAACAUUGAAGAAUUUCUAAAUGAUUUAUGGUACAAACAUCGCAUAAUGUAUGCUUUCUUAAGUCUGCCGUAUGUCUGCCCGAACGAAUAUGUUGUUUAUGAUGGGAUCAAAUCAAACGAAGGAGAAUUGUAUAACAGGACCAUUAAACUUGUUCGAGAAGAACAAUUACCAAAAAGAAAGUCUAAUAAAGCAUCUAGGAUGCUUACUGAAAACUAUCCUCUUAGAGGCAAUAUCUUUUACCGGUUCCCCACGGCUAUUCAGGAAUGUGAAGGUACCGAUAUCUACAUAAAAACUAGUCCGGAAACCAGUGGCGGGUUUUGUGGAUUGGACGGACUCGUAAUGUCAGAUAUAGUGGCACACUUUGGGUUUAAUUUAUCGUUGCCGUCCUUGGGCGCGGACUCCCUCAAGUAUGGGUAUCAGCAGCAGGAUGGGAUUAUAACCGGAAGCUUAGGACAUGUAGUGAGAAAAGAUGUGGACUUGUCCUUCAACUCGAGGUUCAUUACGAAAUAUAUCACGGGGCAACAGCACUACAUAUUCGUAUAUCCUGUUGCAAGAGACGCUCUUUGCGUUAUUUUGAAACAACCUGAAGAGGAACCUCUUUGGCGGUAUCCCAUCAGCGCUUAUAGUUUUCCGCAGUGGAUAUUUAUUCUCGGCUGCCUCACUAGCAUUGGAGUCAUAAUGUGGGCAUUUGCAAAGAUCAAAAACAAAUUUAAUAAUACUAGAGCUGCUACGCUCCUCUCUUACGUCUUGAACUCUUUAAAUGCUGGUCUGUUUGGCUUCUUUUUUAAACGAAGAAGUAAUUUACUUCUGUUUAGAGCUAGCUGCUUGUAUGCUUCAAUUAUGCUGCUGGCGGAAUAUCAGGGUUACAUAAACUACAUAUUCACAACCCGCGUCCGAUACGACGUAUUAUAUAGCUUGUCUCAAUUUGCGGAGUCGAGCACUGUAAUUCAAACGUCACCAUCCAUAUACAUCUUUAUAAAUGAGUCUAUCAACGAAGUUGGAGACAUCCUUCUAUCUCGGAUGAUACAAUUGGAAAACACAGAUUCAUUCGAAUACGUCGUGCAUCACUCGAACACUGCGACUUUGGAAAGGAAAACUGAUGCGAUUAUGUUCAUUCUAAUGAAAUACAGAGACGGAUCCGGCCGGCCUACAUUAUAUGUAAUGGAUGAAUGUGUUCGCUCCUUCUACUUAUCGUAUAUCGCAAAUUUGGGUAAGUUUUCUACAUACAUAAUUUCAAGAUAUGCUAAUAUACCAACCAUCUUCUUUACAGAAUUCCCAUUCGUGAACAUAAUUGACGUGUUCAUGAUGCGCCUAGUCGAGACGGGCUUGGCGGAUAUGUACUACACCUGGACGAGCCGCGCUCUGGGGCUGCAGGUGUCGCUGCCCAACCUGUACUCGGAGCCGCGGCCCGCGUCCAAGAUAGGCAUGAAGGAGCAGGUCAUCGCCUUCACUGUGCUAUUGGUGGGAUACAUUGCGUCUGUGGUCGCGUUCGUUAUCGAAAUUUGGUUUGAUAGACGGCAGAAAUAUCCUUUCAUACAUUAAGCU